AUGGCUUGUGCUAAUUGCUUGGACGCCUGGGACGAUUGCUUUAACUUUUUCAAAGGCAAAAGUCCAUACCAUACCACGAGACAGACUAAGCUGUCUCAAUUUACAAGAAACCAACGCGUCGGUUGGAAGCUUAUGGGCGCUUUUGGCAUAUUUAUUUUCUGCGUCUUUUUUCAAUGCUUGUUAUUAGAGUGGGAAGGACACUUUAGUGAUGGGCGAGAAAAGAUACCACCGCUGAUGCUGUUUGGUCCAAUGUCGGCAAUGUAUUCCGUCAUUGCGAUGUGGAUUGCGGCUGUUCAUCUGUACCAACCCACAUUCAAUGGACCACGUAUUCUACUGCACUACCGACGACCAUCUACUUGCUCAUGGGAAAUCCUUGACUGGGUCUUUUUUGAGGGUUCCACCACCUCUACUGUUGUGGCCUUCAUCUUUUUCUGGAUGGUAACACUGCCGUACUCUGACAUUCCAUCGCCAGGUUUACAUGUGCUUGUCUUCUGGAUUUUUAUGCAAUACUUGUGGGUCAUCAGUGGCCACCAACCUAGCACUGAUCUAUUCAACUUCCACUCGCCAGCUUCACCCGUGUCGACACUCAUGCUGUUUCUCGGGACAGUUUUAGUCUUUUUCAUCUUGCUUUGGUACUCCAAAUAUCUACAAUACGUCUCGGACAAGGCGGCCGAGGCCACAGCCGGCACUGGCGAUAUAGAUUCAGAUGAAAACUCGAGUAUUUUGACCCCGGUCUGCGAGAAAUCGAGCAAUGCGCCAUUUGGACUGGUCACGGAUUCCUCAGCAGACAAUUGUUUGUCGUACAACGUCAAAUCUCCCAUCGACGUAGAUCAUCACAAAUCACCGCUCAGAUGA